AUGGAGUUUCGCCGGCGUUCCGCCCGGCUGCGCGCCGGAGCGGACCGCAUCAGCGCCCUCCCCGACGACCUGCUCCUCCUCCUCCUCGCCCGCCUCCGCUGCGCCCGCGCCGCCGCGCGCACGGGGCUCAUCUCGCGCCGGUGGCGCGGCCUCGCGGCCCGCCUCCGUGAGAUCGUCUUCCGCUGCGUCGCCCUCCACAGGCUUCGAGCCGGAGGAGCUCGUCUUCGACCUCCCCUCCGAUCUGGUCACCGGCUCCCUCGUCGUCGACCUGCCUUGCUUGCCCCGCGCCACCUCCAUCGCGCUGCGAAUCUUCCUCUCAUCCUCCGCGUGCCCGACGGCGCCGAGUUCCCGGCGCUGGAGGCGCUGUCCCUGUCCUGCGGCAUCGCGCACGCCCACCUCGACGCCCUGCUCCGCCACUGCCCGCGCCUGCGCACGCUCCGGCUCGGCGGCUUCUUGUUUGACCAAGGCGACCUGAGGGUCAACUCGGCGUCGCUGCAGGAGCUGGCCGUGGACCGCGAGAGCGGGCUGACACACCGCGUCGACAUCGUCGCCCCCGCGCUCAAGCAAUUGUCCGUGUCCUUGAUAGCCACAGAGGUCAGCAUCUCCGUCUUGGCUCCAAUGGUGGAGAAGGUCUCGUGGCACUGCUGCUACAGGGCGGGGUCUGUUACCUUUGGUCUUUGGGAGCUUGAGCAGGUCUCUCUAGAGACCUCAGAGAGCCAAGGACAGCUCCCUUCGCUGCAGAUUCAUGCCUCCAUAUUCCGGUCAAAUUUCCCCGGCGAGGCGAUCAGCUUCACGCAAGAGAUAGUGAAGUAUAUGGUUGUUGCCUUCUCCGCUCUGGAGCUUCAUCUCGAAACAAUCGGGCAUGUUUUUGGAGCAAUUGUGUUUCUUCUCCUUGGAAUGAAUCGGAUUCGUCCAGGUGUGCGGAGGCUUAAGCUCGUCCUAUGGAGAACACCGGUGAGAGAAAGAUGCCUACCGAAUUGUCCAUGUCAGCCCAUGGACUGGAGAUCCCAAACUGUCUCCUUUACUCAUCUCCAAGAAGUGGAGAUCACUGGCUUUGAAGGGGCGGGUCAUGAGUUUGAUUUCUUAAAAUUGAUGCUCGGAUGUUCUCCGGCACUUAAAAAAAUGACUUUGAAGCUGUCACGUGAUGUGUGGUCAAGGGAACAUAGACGCACAAUAAUAAACGACAUCUUCAAGGCGUAUCCUUCCGUGCAAUGCUAUGUUUAUCUUUGCUCUGGUAAGUGUAUGUUCUGCGUGCUCUGUUAA